CUUUUCUUUUCUUUCUUUUCUUUACGUCUAUCUUAGAAAGCCUUUACCAUGACGGAUUUCUUCAAUCGUCUUGGAAGGAAAAACCUUAAACUAUCUGAACCUCCUCCGUCUUCUAAUACGCGAGAUAUUCCUCAUGCUGCCACUUUUACGAAACAAAGAUCCUCUACUUCGAAACUACUUUCUAUGCCAAGAUCUCAAACAAUGAACUAUCUUCCAAACUCUAAACAAUCCAAUAACCGUACACGCCGUACUUCAACCGAAACUAACAACAAUAAUAAGACAUCCAGUUUAACUGACCCUACUAUCCGGGUACUACCUUCGGAAAUCGAAAUCGAUGAACUUUUUGACCAAAUGCUGGAACGAAGAGGAAUACAUGAUGAACGAAUAUUACAAACUAUGAAAGGUUGGUCUAGUGAAAAGAAAUGGUUAAUGGUCAAUCAAGAUACCCAAGCUGAAUUAUUAGCUGCCAAUCAUCUUCAACCUAUCGCUUCAUCAACAACACUUAACAACAUUGCUACUAUCAUUGAAAACGAUUCUGAUCAUACACAACAACAACAAUCUUAUUUCAUCAGCAUAUUGGCCGAAAAAGCGGAAAAGGUUCGGUCAACUUUAGAUAAAUCUACUGGAAAUCGACAUCAACAACAUCAACCGUCGAAACACUUGCCAUCUUUACAACAAACGUUAUCAUCCAAUACAAGCAAAAGUGGUGCUAUCUCUCUUUGUCCUUCUACCAGUAGUAAUACAACAACUAGUUUGGGUAGUUCAUCCUUUUCCUUAUCUAUGCAACAAGAUCACUUUGAAGAUCACAAUUCACCUGAACAUUUUAUUCGAAAAUUCAUGGAAACUCACCUCCGUGGUGUUACUGUAUCGGAUGCAAGUAAUCUUGAAGUUAGUCUUCGUACUCGACCAAUUACCUGGCUUGUCAAGUUCAUCGAUCUGAAAGGUUUACACGUGCUGAUCACAUGCCUUGGUCAAAUCAAUCAUCAGACUGAUAGACCUGACAAAAAAGCAUUAGAUAUUGAAAUUGAAAUCAUCAAAUGUAUCAAAGCUCUCGUCAAUACAAAGCUCGGUGGGAAAGAAACAACUAGUCAUCCAAAAUAUAUACAUACCAUUGUAUUCUCAUUAUUAUGUCCUCAUUGGCAAACUCGAAAACUCGUAUGUGAAAUCCUGGCUUUUAUAUGUUACUACUCUAAUGGUGAUAACGAUAGUGGAACAGAUGAAAACUCCCAUGAUGGUCAUCAACAGGUGAUGAAAGGGUUUGAACUACUUAAGCAGCAUACAAAGGACAUGGGACUUUUCGAUACUUGGCUCAAGCAAUUUGAAUCCACUUUAGAUGGUCGAGGUCGUAUGGGAUCUUUGGUUGGUGCCCAUGAUGAUCUGAAAAAACUAGGUGUUUCGAAUGGUCCUGAUAAACAUUUAAUGGAAUAUGCGGUGUCAAAUAUGUUAUUGAUCAAUGCUCUUACAAAAGUACCCAAAAUACCAUCUCAACGUAUUCUACUUCGAAACCAAUUGAAUGCGUCUGGUAUGGAAACCAAGAUCCUACCGAAACUUCACUCUAUGGAUUUCGAUCAUCUCAAGUAUCAAGUGGAGUCGUAUGAAGAUGCUGCUGAAAACGAUUUGGAUGCUGCAUUUGGAGAUGAAAUUCAACUUUAUGCCAACAUCAACGAUCCUAACAAGCUUUUAGAACAACUUGUUAGCCAUACUACCAUCUCGCCAAAGUCAAUGGAGCAUCUUUUGGGUAUACUUAGAAGUAUGUUACUGAUCAGGGGUCAUCCGGAAACAAUGGCACAUUAUUAUCAAAUCAUACAUGUUUUAGUUGGACAAAUUGUGAUGAAUCGUCGGAUUACUGUGGAUGAUCAAGACUUUACAACUACAUUUGGAGUUUCGGUGGGUAAUUUGAUUCAACGCUUUAGUGAUUUGGAUCGACUUGAACGAUUAGAAAAAGAAGCCCUCCAUCAUGAAGCCAAGACUUCUCGACUGAUGAAUGAAAAUCUGGAACUCAAACUGGAAAUUCAACAAUUGAAACAACUUUUUAAGGAUGGACAAGUGAAACAACAACCACGUCGAAGGUCGCUGGAUUUGGAAAAGGAAAACGAAUCUUUACGAACCUUGGUUAGGACAUCAAAGAACACCAUGUUUAUGCUGGAGAAAAGAGUAUCAGAACUGACUGAAAUGAUGGACAAGGAGAAUAGUGAUGCUGAUAGUACUGGAAACGGACCUGCACGUAUAAUAGUUGGAUCGGAAUGGAAAAUGACAAGACGACAAGCUGCCGGUGGCUCUACUUUAUCGUCAUCGUCACCAGCAAAUCUAGAUAACGGUGAUAUGGAACAAGGAACUACAACUAUUCGCAAAUCUUCUUACCUCAAUCAAGCUCACAAAUCUUCAAGUGUCAUGACUUCCAACUCUGAAGGAUCAUUAUCUGAUACAUCUCCUCCUCCUCCUCCGCCACCACCGCCACCACCACCUCCAUUUGUGCCAGGUAUACCACCACCACCACCACCUCCUCCUCCUCCUACUGUUGUUGAUGAUGCCGCUGUGCAAGGUUCAUCUGUUAAUGGAAAUUCUUCUCCAUCACCACCGCCACCGCCACCACCACCACCUCCUCCUCCUGCUACUGGAUCAGCAAUUUCAAAACAAAUGCUACCUCCAUCCAUUAUACCACCUGUACCGAGCGGUCCACUACGAAAAGAAAUGAAAAAUCAACCAGAAUUGAAACUCAAGAAUCUCCAAUGGCAAAAGCUUGACUUGAAACAUGUGGAAAAGACAGUCUGGUGUUUGAAAAAUGAUGAUGAUGAUGACGAACUUGAAUCCAAACUAUCCAAUGCUGGUAUCUUUCAGCACAUUGAUGUCAUGUUCCCAGCGAAAACCAAUAUCUCUUUUGAUCGCAAACUGAAAUCCAUAACCGAUGGCAAGAAAAAUGCUAUCAAAUUCCUAUCAGCAAACAAAAGUCGAAACUUAAAUAUUGCUGUUUUACCCAAAUUCAAGCAUUUUGAAGAUUUUAAGUCUGUUAGGAAGAGUAUCAUGCAACUGGAUGACGAUGUUUGUACGGAAACUCUUUUGACAAAUAUGCUUACCUAUGCACCUUCUCAAGAAGAUGAUUUGAAAACUAUGGAGAAAUACAUCAAUGCUACCACAGAAGAACAACAAGUUUUGGAUAUACCUGAACAAUUUACUAUUGAGAUGAUAAAAUUGUACCGAUACCCGGAACGUCUUCGUUUCAUGUUAUUCCGCAUUCAAUUUUGGGAAAAGUUUGAUCACUUAUCUACAAGCAUGGAAACUAUAGUGGAUGUGUCUGACUCAUUACGAAAUUCAAAACCUUUGAAGGAAUUACUCCAUAUCAUUCUUUUGAUGGGUAAUUAUAUGAAUGGUUCAAGUUUGCAAGGUGGCGCUUUUGGUAUACGUAUCUCUGGUUUAAAUAAGUUAAUGGAUACAAGAGCUUCUGAUACAGCGUCUAUGACACUACUCCAUGUUCUGAUUGGUACUGUGCGUCGUGAAUUCCCUCAUGUGUUGGAAUUUAUCAACGAUCUUAAGGAUGUUGGAAGUGCAGCAAGAAUUAUGGCUGACAUGAAUGAUAUUAUUCAACAAUAUACUGACAUGCGACAAACAUUAAAACAGUUGGAUCAGGAAUUGAUGACAUAUUGGACUGAAGACAAGAUUGAAUCAUUGGAUAAAGAUGAUCUCUUUGUACAAGUCAUGAAAGAACACUAUAAGGCAGCCAAUGACCGGUUUGAAGUACUUGAAACAUUCUAUCUCAAUAUGGAUGUCAAAUGGAAGGAUGCAAUGAUUUUUUAUGGUGAAAAUCCCAAGGUGAUGCGACCAGAUGACUUUUUCUCCAUUUUUGCUCAAUUUAUUCAUCAUUGGAAGGUGGCAGCCAUUCAAGAGCAAAAAUAUAGUGAACGAAAAGAACGAGAAGAAAGAAAACAUCAAGAACAAGCAAAGAUGAAAGAUACAAAGGGUAAAAAAGCGGAUGGCAACAAUGACAAUGAUGAUGAUGAAGAAGAAGAAGAUGAUGAUGAAGAAUCUGCUGGACCACAAACACCUGAAGAAUCGGAUGAAAAUACGAUGCUUGAUAGUGGAGAUCAAAAGGACAAUCGACGAAUGAUGGAUGAUCUUUUGGAUAGACUACGAUCUGGGGAAAGUUUACAUCGUACAAGACAACAACGACGGGCAAGAAGACGAGAACUGAAUGUCAAGACAUCCAUGACAAGUUUAAGAGCUUCUAAUUCAGCUACAACUUCUUCUUCAUCUGAUACUCCUUUGACUGAUCAAGAUAAUGACAUGGUGGUACCUUUAUCUGCGGAAGAUCUCCUUCGUAGUCUACAAAAUGAAUUCUGAUGGAUUAUCUUUUUUUUGUUAUUAUUAUUAUUAUUAUUUUUAUUAUUAUUAUAUAUAUAUAUAUAUAUAUUUAUACAUAUCAUAUCCUAUUCCUCAUAUAGUUG